AUGGAGUGCUCAGCAAGGCCCUGGAGACCAGCCCCCAAGUACUGCAGUGUGGGGGCCGCCCUGAAGACCCCCUGCUGCUGCUGCUGCUGCGGCUGGGCUGCCGCUCUCCAGCGCUCCCUCCCCACCGGUCCCUGUCACCUCCACCACCUCGGGGUCCCGAGAAGGUGCCCCUGGUGUCCUGCCCACCCCAGUGUGUCCGGCCCAGCAUGGCAGGGGGCGGGUCUACCGGAGAGGGCCACGGAUGACGUUGCCACCCGAGUGCUGGCUAGGCGGGAACCAGACGGCUUCUACUACCUGGGGAGAAUCAAACAGGCCCCCGAGGCAAGCCGGGCUGGGCCGCUCCUUGUCGAGUUUGAGGCUCCCAGGGCUUCUGGCAAAGAGCCCUCCCCACCUCAGAGCACGGCCCUGGAGGACGUCAUCGGCCUCCUGGAGGCCACGAGGCACUCGCUGCUCCCGGGCGACAAGGUUCUGGCCCCGUGGGAGCCCGAACAGAAGCGGUUCGGGCCUGGCACCGUGGUGCGGGGCCUGGAGACCCGGGACUCUCGGAGAGCUUCGGAAGAUGAAGGCAUCACUGUCCGGUUCUGGAACGGGAAGACGGCCCCAGUCCCCCCGGGGGUGGCGGUGUGGAUUUCUCUCACUCGCUGGGUGAAGGUCACGGAGACCCUGCGCAAACCCCUGACCGGCAGGCUGAAGCUGCCGGAAACCUCCGGGCCCAGCCCCGGGCUUCCGGCCUGCCAGUUCCAAGGACCCAUCCCCGACACGGUGGUGGGUGGGCUUCUCCCGGACUCUCUCCCGUGCCCUUAUGGCUGGUUCUUUCACCCCCACCGGGGAUGUGGGGGCUACCGGCCGCUGUGCCCCGGCCACGUCUGCUGCCGCUUCUUGCCGGCCGGCCACGGCUGGUGGUCUCUCAGCCGGCCGCGGCGGGUGUCAGCCGGGGACCUCGCGGAGCAGGAGCUGGGGGCUUGGCCAAGGCUCCUGGAGCUGGAGGGCCCCAAGGAGGAAGAGACCUCGGCUCCUGCUGCUGCGGCUGAGGUGCCGUCCAUCUCCUCUAGCUCUUCCGAUGAGGGGGAUUCAGGGAAUCAUCUGGAUCCACCACGCCCCUCCUGCUCCUCAACUGUAGACUGCGCUGUCAACACGGACGCCAGCCUUCUUGGAAAGUCCCCUAGGCAGCGAGGCUCCCAUCCCCCCGGCUGGAGGUACUGGAAGAGAUGUGGCCUCGAACCCCAUCCCGGGAAGCCUGGGAACGGUCUCAGGAGCGGAUGGGGAGAAGGGGAGCCUCGAUCCAGAACCACUUCCUCUUGGGACCCUCCCUCCACAAGUCCAACUAAUCGGAGUGCCUUGUUUGAAGCCAUCUCCCCACCUCUGCGGCGGCUGAUCACGGUGAAGGACAUCCUACUUCCGGAGGACUUUAAGCCAUUCCCAAGCGUGAGUCCCCGCCGUGGUCGUGGAAACCUAAGUGCUGAGGCUUGAGCAUCUUUUGUGUGUAGGGCACCGUACGAACGACUUA